AUGGAAGAUCCCACACCUCUCGCCCUGGUUGUAGCCUCUGGGGUUGUUGCGGCUGUCGUGCUCCUGAGCUGGUUUAGAAGCACGAAAUUUCGGGGACUGAAGCUGCCUCCGGGGCCAAAGGGGCUGCCAAUCUUGGGUCACUUGCCCUUUCUGCAAAGUAGUCUCCAGUACGACAGAUGCGCGCAGUGGGCGAAGAAGUACGGGCCGGUGCUGAGAAUAGACGCUGGGAUCGCCAACGUGGUCGUUCUGAACGACUUCGAGUCUAUUAAAAAAUUCUUAAGCCAGAAAGAAAUUCUUUACCGAGCAGAAAGCUGGAUUGUCGCACUUCUAAAUGGCCGUGGUGUCGCGAACCUCAAUGGCCAAGAAUGGGAGGAGAACCGCCGGUUCUGCAUGCAUGUACUGCGGGACGUGGGAUACGGUAAAAGAGACAUCGAGGAGCGUGUACGGGAAGAGGCGUUGUACUUGUGUGAAAAAAUCGACGCAAAAAAGGGUUCCGCCUUUGGCAUCGAAGACUACCUGAUACCGAGCAUAUCCAACAACCUGUGCUCGCUACUGUUUGGAAGGCGAUACAACUUUGAAGACCCGAGGCGAAAGUUCCUCGACGUCCACCUGGACAGCAUCCUCAAGCUCCUCUUUUCCGGGUCCUUCUUCGCCUUCCUGCCAGUCUGGGCCAACAAAGUCGUCGCCAUGUUGCCGCACACCAAAGCUAAUCACGUUAAAGUCAUUUCGGAUGAACUGAUGGACUUUAUCAGGCAGCAAGCGAAGGAGCACGAGAAGACGCUCAACCCGGGUUUUAACAGAGACUUCAUCGACGGUUACCUCAAGAAGAUGAAGGAGGAGAAGGAUAACUUCAACUUUAACAUGCCAUUCCUCGAGGGAAACGUUCUCAGUUUCCUCGUUGCCGGUUCCAACACCGUUCGAGUUGCCAUCCAGUGGCACCUGUUCAACCUAGCCAAAAACCCAGACACAGUUCAGAUGAUGAUCCAGCGAGAAAUUGAUCACGUGGUAGGCGUGGAUCGACAGCCCUGCUGGGAAGACCGAUGCAAGAUGCCCUACACUAUGGCUACGAUCUGGGAGAUAUUCCGCUGGCGAACCAACUCACCGCUCGGGGUGCCAAGAGAGGCUGGUGAAGAAACAUUCUUCGGAGACUACUUCAUUCCCAAAGGAACCACCGUGAUGCCCAAUUUAUGGGCAGUUCACAACAGCCCUGAGUUGUGGAAAAAUCCGGAAGUGUUCGAUCCAUCCAGGUUUCUCAAAAGUGAUGGUUCGCUGGUGACCAAACCCGAGUAUCUAAUUCCCUUCACAAUUGGGAAACGAAUGUGUCCCGGAGAAAUAAUGGCAACCAUCGAAAUCUUCAUCUACGUGACAACGCUUCUGCAGAGAUUCAAUAUCCUCCCCGAAGAAGGACGUACCAUAAGUCUGGCCAUCCAGCCGACUGCGCUCAACGUUUUUCCAGAGCAGAAAUUGCGCUUCGUACCUCGAAACUGA